AUGAAAAUAAUUUAUAUCUUAUUAUCUACUGUUUAUCUAUGUAAGGCAUAAAUAAAUAUGGCAUUUUGUGACGAAUAUAUUGAAUAUGAUGUGAAUAAUUUUGGAAAAUUUAUUUCUAAUGUUAAACUUUCAAAUAGCACAGAUGCCAUCUUAGCUGAAAAAAGAGUUCUUAUUAUUGAUGAUAAUCUUAAUGUAUUAAGUUCAAUGUCUAUACCUAAAACUUAAACUCAUAACUGCGAAUGGAUAUUCAAUUAUAACAAUGAUACUUUCUUUGUUGGAUGCUAAAAGAAUGGAGAAGCACCUUAUUUAAUUGCUUAUAAAAGUAUUAAUAAAACUCAUUAUGCAUAAUUUGGUGAAGCCUUAAAUACACUCCUUUAUUUACCAAAAUAAUUGGAAUUAUAAGCUUAUUGA